AGAAACCUUGACCAAUUAGACCCACUAAAGUACUGCACAUGCAGCUGCAGCGAAGGUUGUCGACCACUUAUCUAGGCCUACUUCAACUUCGAUUAACCAAGGGAUGUGGAUGUCACUCGCACCCCCACGACCACCUCAGGCUAGGCCUGGCCACGUGCAACAAGUUUUUUCCUGUGCCCCAAUCUACGACCUCAUUUUCUGCGAUCUGAGCCCUCGCACCCUUGUGUGGCUCUCGCACGCAUGUCGUUAUACACAUGCAGCAGUAGCUUGCUUUUACCGGCGCGCGUACAACAUCAACCAACAUUUGUCCCGUUUCUUUUCGGAUCCCCUCUCAUUUCGCUCCCUCCAAGCGCGAACUGGACUAGUGAUUUCAGGCUCAAAUGCACUCCAGUUCUUUGACAGGACCUUCUAUCCUGGGUCUGACCUCGACCUCUACGCUCAUCCCGGUCACGUUUACGAACUGCUGGAGUGGCUCGAAUCUGUCGACUAUCAAUUUGAACCCAGCGGGCACCAAGAAGAGGACUGGCACAACCACGUUUCGGCUGAUUGGGAUGGUACAGUGAAGAGAACCCAACAAGAACAAGCGGCUGGAGGCACAGCGAAUGCUUUAGACUUGUCGUGGUAUCCUGAUAUUGCUGGUGUUUACACAUUCAAGCGCUUUGCAGUUGUGGAUGGGGAGUUCGUAGAGCUCAAAGUUCAAGUCAUGGAAACAACCUGCAAUCCCAUCUCAACCAUCAUGAAAUUCCACUCAACUUGUGUGAUGAACAUCAUUACAUUCAAUGCGGCGUAUUCCUUCUAUCCUGUCGCAACAUUUGAGGAGCGAGCCGCACUCAACAUCCCCGCAUCGAAGCACAACCCGGAUGUCAUCGCAAAGUAUGUGAAGAGGGGUUGGAGAGUCUUUGGGGCGUUCAGGCCCAGGGACAUAAUGCGACCACGUGCAUCACCAUUUUUCGCGAACGAGACGCGGUGGGUGGGCGAUCAUCGCUGUUGGUCCAUUCCGUUAGAUACUUCUGGAGUUAAGCCCCGUCCAGUGAUGUCCCCAUCCUCAGAACAAUUCUCUUGGGACCCCGCAAUCCACAACGGUUGGAUAAUGUCGUACAGUGAUUCCUCUGAUACUGGUCAAAAAGUACCAUUCAUGAAUGCCCACCUAAUCAUGACCACUAUUUUCCGCUACAACUAUAUCUUCCCCGACGAAAAGCUUGCCUUGAUAAUUCGUGGCUGGUCGAGAUCUCAGGGCAACCUUAACCACAGGUCAUUGACAAAACCGGACUGGACUUGGUUCGAUGAUGAAAUUCCAAGGUUCCGGGAGGCGGUAGAGCUCGCAUGGGCAAUGGAAUUCUAGUUGUGAGAGUCGUGCGGGCUGAAAACACUCAUAAAACAUCCAUCCCUAUAUGCUCACCGAAUUGAACCGGUACCAUUGUUUUAUCUUGGCCUUUCAUUUUAUCGAGACUCGUUAUUCUCUAUGUGUCGUGCACCCGACCGGGUUGUAAUUACUUAUCAGAAAUAUGUCGGCUUACUCGCAAGACAUGUCUUGAUGCCACUGAUGAGUCGGACGGCACGCUGCGACUCAGAAUACGAUAGUUUGUGUCAAGGUCGUAAGGAGGUAUUAAUACUGAUAACAUCAUGCUACCGUUAGGUACGUGUUGCAAGUUGCAAUCGAGAUCCGAAACUCACUACUUACGGUUCUCGAGGUAAAAUCAAAGACGGAAGUAUAAUACCAGACUCGCCUACACCGACCAAUGUCUUCCUCAGUCGUUGUCGUCCUGAUCAUCAUCAAGCAUAAGAAGCUCAAUGACUGCGUCAGCUGGACAGAUAUUCAU